AUAUAAAGCCAUGUUUUGUGUUGGAAAAAGUAACUUCUUCUCACGUUGUUUCAAUUUAGGUGACCUUGAAGUUUUGUGAAAACAAAUUUGCAAGCAAGUACAAUAAAAUUUGAAUAACGAUGUUUGUUAUUAUGGUGUCAAAAUUUACGGAAGUAAGAAGGCGCGGCUUUUGUGUCCUUGAUAGUGUUGGAAAGUCCGAUUCAUUUAACAGCGAGUCGGUUCUUUAGAAUAGUUCCCAACUAUACCUAUCAACGUAUUCAAACGAGCUGUUCAUACCGAUAUUGAUUCAUCAAGAAGAUUCAACUCAAAGGGCGGUUUAUUCAGGUUAUUGUUUAACCGAGUCAUUCAGUAAUAUUGUGGUGUAGCGGAGAAACUUAUUUGGAGCUAAAAUGAAGGAUCGUCUGGGCGAAUUAUCAGCCCACUACAAUGACAUCACCAUCGAUGUUGAGUCUGACGCUUUCCUGGAGAAGUUCCUGCCCAAGGUUGAUGAAGCUCAAAAACUUAUAGAAAGACUUUCUUUCCUUGUGGAAGAAGUGAAGCUGAGACAUCGUACCAUUUUGACAGAAAUCAACCCACAGGCUUAUGUGAGAGAUGAACUUGAGCUGUUUGGCAAUGACAUCAAGCAGAUAGCAGAUGCAAUCCAAGUUAAACUAAAAGAUUUGGAAGAACAUUUUUCUAAAUAUGGGAAUGCAAACACAAACAGCAGCUCAGUGUACUGCCGCAUACACACUACUCAGCACACAGUACUUUCACUGAGGUUUGCAGAAAUAAUGGGUUUGUACAACCAAGAGCUGUUAUAUUUUCGUGCAAAGAGUAAAGAGCGGAUACAAAGGCAGCUGGAGAUCAGUGGCAAUGUAAUGACAGAAGAGGAGACAGAGGAUUUACUACAAAAUAAAAGUCCUGCUGUUUUUACCUCAAAUAUCAGCUCUGGCUCCAGCAUCACAGGGCAAGCGUUGAAUGAAAUUGAGUCACGACACAAGGACAUUCGCUGUCUGGAGGCCAGCAUUCAAGAGCUGCAUAACAUGUUUACGGAUAUCGCCAUGCUAGUUAACAGUCAGGGGGAAAUGGCAAACAACAUAGCAAAGACUGUAAUGAAAACUGGGAACUAUGUAGAUCAAGCGAAAGAGAACAUCAAACAAGCUACUGAAUAUAAGAAAUCAUGGCGGAUUAGACUACCUCCCUUGCCUUCAUUCAAGCGCAAAGCAAAACCAGUAACCAAUGAAGGGCUCUUGAAUGAAUCUUGAAUUUUCAACAUUCUACUUUAAGGUGUUGUCUCGGUUUGUGAAAAUGAUGGAUUUGUUAAUUUGCCGGUUCAUGCUGAUCUGUCUAUUGGGUUUUCUCUAUCCAUUUACGAACAUACAGUACACUUCUCAUUUGCUUCUGCUACUAUGUUUAACAAUUAAGCUUGCUCUCAGAUUUUCUGCAGCAUUUUCUGAUGUAACAUGAUGACAAAUCAGGUUGUGAGUAUCAGUGAAUGUUUAUAUGCACUAAUUUUCAUUAUUUAAAAUGAAGCCAGCAAGCAUUUUUGUUUAAUCAGAUAUGUCUAACAGCUAGGCCCACAUGGAAUCUGCGCGCAUAGCGUUUCGCAGAUUUCUGCAGAUUUUUAGCCCAUCAUUAAUUCUGUUUAUUUACUUGAGUAAAUGUGUAAAUCUGAAUUUAUUCAGUUUUUAUUCAGUAAUUUAUUACUUUUUAUUUCAUAUAUUAAGGUUUUAGUUAUGAUACUCCGCUGGAUACUCCCAAAAUAAUUCCGCAGAAAUCCGCAGAUUUUUACCAAAAUUCUCAGCAGAAAUAGCAAAAACGUCCGCAGAUUCCAUCUGGCACUGCUAACAGCUAAAGCCCAAUUCACAUUGUGUGAUGAUUUUUAUUUUUUAAAUAAUCGAAAACGAUUGUAGCUUGUCAGACUGGACAAACAUAGUCACACUGUAAGAUCUCCGUUGACAUAAUGUCAGACUGAACAACAAUAAAGAUGCUCCAACACUGGCAUGCAAGAAAACUCAUGUGUCAUGGAUGGACAAAGUCAAAAUCCACAUUUGUUUGUACAAAUUGUUAAUACCUCACAGCAAAUGUAAAUAAUCUGUAGGGUUACUUUUGUGCACAACAUGCUUUAAUAAUAAAGCCAGAAAAAAAGCUUUGAUAUUUCAUCAGAUUCUCCUAUUGGUUCUUGGUUUGACGUUUGUCGUAGCUGAAGUUGCACUGCAGAAAAUUGCCUCAAAUCAGAGGAAAAAAAUUAUUACAACAGUCAUUAAGUCAAAUCAUUUAUCAAAGACCGCAUAAUUUACCCAGAUUUCUUUUAGGACUUCCCAAAUUUGUUCCAUACUACCAAAUCAUGGCUGAAAUUGCAGUGUGAGCAGGGCUCAACAUUAAGGCUAAAUUUAAGGUGUUUAACAAUAGUACAAAAUAGACUAAUAUUAAUGACUGCACAUUUGAACUGUCUAUUUGAUGACUGGUCUAUUUUCGGACUGUUAUUUGAUGUAUUUUAGAGAAUAUUUUUAAAUAUUAAAAAUUGAAAAACUGACCUAGAGAACUGCACUCAAAGAAACUAAUGCAUCCAGGACAUAAUACUUAGAAUGAUAAGUAGCUGGUGCAGGAGUUAACUUAAAAAAUUGCUUAAAUACAUGAUGAAACUCCUGUGAAAUGAAUUUGUAAAAAUAAUCGAAUAUAAAAUAAAGUGGUAUUUAUCUAGCUCACAGAACCAACAAGGAUGCAUUUUACGGCCAUUUCACUUAAGAAGAAGUGAUGUAAAUGUUGUGCGUGGGUAUCUGUUUCUCCCAUAGUGGAAGAGUUUAGUCUAGUUUUAAACAUUUAGAAUUAAACAUUUAUAAUAAAAAUAAUAAAAUAUAUGUUAUAUAUUAAAUGUAUUUUUUUAUAUAUAAGACAAGAAUGGGUGAUGUUCAAAUGGAAACAACCCAUAUGAAUGAAUGUACUGAGACCUUGUUAAGUGCUUUAUAUUUAUAUGGCUGACUAAAAUGUGGAGCAUGUGAUUCCCUGAAUUUAAAUUACAUGUAAAAUAAAGACGUUAUAUUGCAA